CAAAUACUAACAUUGUGUUAUAAAAAUCAAAACUUUGAUAUUUUCACUAGUUUUUAUUAGUGUAUUUAUAAAAUGUCAAAUGAAAAGCAUGAGGUUUUCAGUAUUCCCGUAAAUUGCGAAAACCGUACAUUUGAGAAACAAAGACGUGAUUUGCUAAGAACCUUGGAGCAUAGGAAUGGUGAUGGCUCUAUUGAAUUAUAUACUGAUGAAUGGCCGAAGGAAUUAAAUGGUUGGAUUGAUUCGUCAUGGAAAAGCUGGAAUGAUCGAAUUCGACGUUUGAAACAAGGAAUGUUUACACUCUUGCCUCUAAGUACAUAUGGUCUCGUGGGGACCUGUGACCCUAUUUUGCUUAUGGAUCAAAUGGAGCGUCAAAUGCAAGACAUACGGGACCAGCUUCGUGAUGAUGAAAUACAUUCAACAGGCUCGAUAAACGAUUAUCUUAAGGAUGCCUAUGAAAUAGGUGAAGAUGGGAAAGUGCACUUUCAAGUGUGUUUUGAUGCGAAGGGCUUUGAACCCGAAGAUAUCGAGGUGACAUCGACUGACGAUUACAUUAAAGUACAAGCCAAGAAGGAGAUAAAGACGGAAGAUUCCAGUUGUUGUCGUGAAUUUUGUCGCAUAAUUGAACUCCCUAAAUCGAUCGACCGCAACCAGUUGAAUUGUAGUCUAACUAGCGACGGUGUCUUGAAGCUUGGAGCUCCAGCUAGUGUACCUGACUAUCAAUCACUCACAUUUAAUGAUAACGGUCAGAUUGCCAUUCGGCCUAAGUCACAUAAUCAAGUUCAAAAUGCUCACAAACUGGCAGUCAAGGGUGUUAAUGGUUACUCCAUUGUUGACAACCAGAACGGUGGUAAGGAUUUACAUGUUGAAAUAUCAUUGGAUCCAGUUUAUAAACCUGAAGACUUGUGCAUCAGUGUUGAUUCGAACCGAAUUAUGCUUUCGGGUCGUCAUUACAUGAAUGGUGAUCAUUCGGGUUCCUAUACUGAAUUCACUCAUUCAUAUGAAAUUCCGGAAACACUGGACCCAUUAUCUGUUUCUGCUCAAGUGAUUGACAAAACACUGGUUUUGGAAGCACCUCUGAUGAAAUGUCAUAAAGUGGAACAGUAAUAAGAUCUGGAUAAUCUUACUUAUUUAAAUCAAAUAAACUUUAUCAUUA